CUUUGCUUUUUGGGGAAAAACAGUGGUGAAGGCAUACCUGAUAUGUUGUUACUACUUGUCCAAUGGGCUCACAAGACAAUGAUUGAAAAACAAGCAACCUAAAUAACACACAGGGCUAACGGAAACCUGUGCUGGAUCAUUCGUGUCACUACCAAACGAAAUGGAGAUGGUGGGAACCGUGGGCCCAGCCGUACCCAAUUUGGAUGCCUGUUUGGAAUCUGUUCCUAAAAUGAAUUAUGACACCCUUUCAAGUAAACCACAAGGAGAGAUAUGUAUUCGAGGAAAUGUUUUAUUUGCAGGCUAUUAUAAAAGAGAAGACCUUACAGUAGAAGUCCUUGUUGAUGGUUGGUUCCAUACAGGUGAUAUUGGUGAGUGGCAACCUGAUGGAAGCAUGAAAAUUAUUGAUCGCAAGAAAAACAUUUUUAAGCUCUCACAAGGAGAAUAUGUCAUUGUUGAAAAUCUUGAGAAUGUAUUUGGACCUGUUUCUGAUCAUGAUUCGAUAUGGAUCUAUGGGAACAGCUUUGAGUCUUGUCUUGUUGCUGUUGCGAAUCCUAAUAAGCAAGCAAUUGAACAUUAUGCUAACGCACAUAACAUUUCUGGGGAUUUUGAAGCUUUAUGUGAAAAUCCCAAAAUUAAAGAAUAUGUCUUGGGAGAGCUCACUAAAGUCGGAAAAGAAAACAAGUUGAAAGGUUUUGAAUUUGUGAAAGUGAUCCACCUUGACCCUGUUCCUUUUGACAUGGAGUGUGACCUUUUGACCCCGACAUUCAAGAAGAAAAGACCCCUGUUGCUCAAAUACUAUCAGAGUAUAAUUGAUAACAUGUACCAGAAAAUUAACAACAGGUGA